UAUGGAGAGCGGUAGACACGGUCCGAAGAGCUUUAUGCACAGGCCAGCUGUGCGCAUCGCUGCUGUGGUGCUGGUGGUGCACGCGGUCUGCUGGAUCGGCUGGAGCGCCAUCAAUCCAAGUGCAAACAACAAUAGUCAAGUGGCCAAAGCUAAUGACCCAUACGAACGGAUUCGAGCCGCAGUCGAGAGCAAAGACUAACAGCUCCCACUGUUCCUAGUGCUCAUAGAAUAUGUUAAUUAUAUAAACAAUUUGCCACCUUCGGCUGUGACUACUGCAUUUGCAUGUGUAACUAAGAAAUAUUCUGGUAAAUGCAAAACUAAAUUCACUUAAAUUUAGUUAAGCUUGCAUUUAGUUAAUGUUGUGUUUGAAGAUCACGCUAAAAGUCUGUGAAAAUUAGCAGUGAAGAAAAAAGCUUUCGGCAACUGUCAAAAAGCUUGCCAGACAUUGAUAAACAGGUCUCUGGCACAUUGGUUCGCAAUCCCAUUAAAAUUGUAUUCAAAAAAUUUGUGUUUAAAAUUUAAACAAUAACUAAACUAUUCAUAUUUUCUGUUUGAAAUUAAUAUUUAAUGUGAUUAAUAUUCUUUGAGGUCAUGAACUUUUA